CACGUGUUCAAACUUCAAAAGCCCAUUGUCAAUUCCAUUAUUUCACAACCAAACAAUCAUUAAUCACACAAUUUUCUACUAUUUUUCUCUUCUCCCCAUUUUCUUUCCUAAACCAAAUAAAGUAUAAAUUCUUCGGAAUUCAGUUACAUAGAGUGUACCAGCAGAGUUGCAAUGUUGUUGAGUUAACUCUGCUAAAACCCUAAAAUCAAUCAAUCAACCAUUCCCAUGUUCGCAUAUCAUCGCAGAGCCUUGCUCUGCCCUAAUCUCAACCCCAUCCUCAGAUUCAAAACCCUAACACUCUCUUCGUUUAUUCUAAUACAACCCUUUUCCACAUCCCAAAACCCCUCUUUCACAAUCAACUACCUCAUUCAAAAUCUCCAAUUUUCCCCACAAACCGCUUCCAAACUCUCCACCCAAAUCAAUUUCACCGACUCAACCAAACCCGAUUCAGUUCUCGCUUUAUUCAAAACCUAUGGCUUCACAAAUCCCCAAUUAUCUUCCCUCGUCAAAACAUACCCAAAAAUCCUCUCUUUCGAUCCCAACAAAACCAUUCUCCCUAAACUCAAUUUCCUUCUCUCAAAGGGUGCUUCAAAUUCUGACCUUGUUCACAUCGUCGCUAAAAACCCUCUCUUUUUAAGCCAAAGCUUGAAAAAUACCAUGACCCCAUGUUACAAUUUCGUCAACAAAUUCUUAUUUUCUGAUGAAUUAACCAUGCUCUCUAUUAAAUCAUGUGCUGCAAUUAUCUAUUCUAAAUACCCAGCUAAGAAUAUUAAACUUUUGCGUCAAAUUGGUGUCCCUAAAUCGAGAAUUGCUCUUACACUUCGUCAUUGGCCUUGCACUGUUAUUGGGAGUCCAACUAUAUUUGAAAAGGCUGUGAAAGAGGUGCGGGAAUUAGGAUUCAAACCUAAAACGACGUUCUUCAUCGUGGCGUUGCGUGCUAAGGUUCUUCCAAAAUCCCUUUGGGAAGAGAAGGUUGAUUUGUUUAAGAAAUGGGGUUGGUCUGAGGAUGUUCUUGUUUCAGCUUUUUUGAAGUAUCCAUGGUGUAUGCUUGCAUCUGUUGAUAAAAUUGAGACAGUGAUGAAGUAUUUUGUUAACCACAUGGGUUGGGAUUCUCUUGUUGUUGCUAAAAAUCCAAUUCUUAUUAUGUUAAGUUUGGAGAAAAGGAUUAUUCCUAGGGCUUCUGUUUUGCAGUUUCUUGAAUCUAGAGGUUUGAUUAAGGAGGGUAAUACAUGGAUUUCGCCUUUCAAAGCUACUGAGAAGGUGUUUUUGGAGAGAUUUGUUCAUUGUUUUGAGGAGGAAAGUUCUCAGCUGUUGAAGUUGUAUAAAGAGAAUAGAAGUAUUCCAACAUAGCACUGAUGUGCAAGUUGCAUCUGUGUCCUGUAUUGGGUUUGAAAUGAAAUAGUCAAUUUUAUCUAAUGAUUAGUAUCAGUAAUUUAGUAUUUGAUUACAGAAUUCUAUUGCUUUUGCAAUGUUUGGAUCUGCGGCCAAACUAUAAUUUCCGCAUCCUUAGCUCGUGGUUUCUCAGAAGCCACAAUUAUUUACACAAUAAUUACUUGUUGCAUUUGUUAACUGGAACCAUAUUGGUUGUUGUGAUAAAUAAAACAUACUUAUUCAAUGAUUAAGGAUGCUAAAUUGUUGAUGCUUUUAAAGUUUCUGAGGAUGUGUUUUUGAAGAGAUUUGUGAAUUGUUUUGAGGAUGAAGCUUCUCAGUUGUUGAAGUUGUAUGGAGAGAAAAGAGAUGUCUCAAAUAGGGUUUUGAAAAAAGGUUCGUGACGGCCUUACAAUGACACAGCAAAGGUCAUCAUCAGCCACAUUUGAACGUGACUGCAAUUGAAAUAGUAAAAUUUAAUUGGUGAUUAGUACUAGACUACUAUUAGUAUAUUAGCUUAUCAAAUUCUGUUACUUGUUCCUAUAGGAUCCUUUCAUUGAUCAAAGGGAAAACCACUACCCAUUUAGACUAAAAACACUUGUUGUAUUUGAGAAUUGAAAUCAUUAGUUUUUGUGAUUCUUAGGUAGGGUUUUGAAAAAAGGUUUGCAGCUGCGAGAACAAUAAAGGUGAUCACUCAAAUUGGAACGCAAUUGGGACUUAAAACCUUGUCUUGAAGAUAGCACAGUGCAGGCCAAAUCCAUCUUAAUGAUGGCAAAUAAAAAGCUACAAGAAAGUGUGAAUACACCAACAACAAGAGGGUCAGAACCAUCAACACCAACAAUAGUGCAAUCUCCUAAUCAAUUGUAUAGACCAGCAGGCCCAGGCCUUUCAAUAAAAAGAUCUUUGCAGCGGUUUCUACAAAAGAGAAAAAAUCGGGUCCUAGAAGCAUCUCCAUACAAUCACUAGCAAAUCAAAUUUGUCCUUUUCUACUAGAUUGCCAAUAAAGGCUUAAAUUACAUUGAUUUAUCGUAUGAAUUCAAACAAAUAUAAAUCAUAACUUAUACAAAAUAAUAGUAACAUUUUAUAUGCAACUUAGCUAUUCCAACAAA